AUAUAUAUAUGAAGAAUAGCCUUAAACCCUCUCUUGACGAUAACUAUCCUCUACACGUCACCUAACCAUAAACUACAAUCCCUGAUUUCCAAUCACUCUAACUUCUCUCAUCUGUAAAACAUUUUUAAUCUUAAUUCUUACCAACGGUAGUUUCAAAUCUUCCUGCUACCUACUGAAAGAAUGGCGGAGGAGGAGGUUGUGGCGCCGGCAGUGGUUCCUGUGGGGUCGGAUCACAAGAGAAAGCUGGAAGAUUUAGAGCCUGAAACUCUAGAAGAAGCUGAGCCGAGUCCAGCCGACGAACAGGAGCCUGAAGAGGAUGGGAAAGCAGAUGACGUGGAGGAUGGUGGUUCGCCUGAUUCUAAACGGCUAAGGAUCGAUGAAAGCAAAACCGAUGGGUUAGCCAGCGAAAAUGGUUUCAAAGGAGAUGAGUCAGAUGAACAUGCAAGGGAAGAAGCUGAAGAGCCGUGUGUUGAGAAUGAGCAUGGAAAAGAUGAUAAUGCUGAGCCUCUGUCCGAGGAGGUGCCGGAAACAAAUGAUAAAGAAGACCCAAAUGCAGAUAAUCAGGAGACUAAUACUACUGACCAAGCUACUGUUGAUGAUUCCAAGACGGAGGAUGCUGAGAAACCAUCUUUAGAGGAUGCUGGGAAACCUUGUGCUGAAAAGCUGUCUGAGGAGGCUGAGGAACAUCUAUCUGAGGAUCAAACAACAUCGCGUAAAAUGGAGGUUCCAAAUGACAAGGUUGGAGUACUUAUUGGCAAGGGUGGAGAUACUAUACGUUACCUGCAGUAUAAUUCUGGAGCUAAAAUUCAAAUCACAAGGGAUGCUGAAGCUGAUCUACAAUCCACAACAAGGCCAGUGGAAUUAAUAGGGAGUUUAAGUAGUAUAAGCAAGGCUGAGAAGCUCAUCAAUGCAGUCAUAGCAGAGGCUGAUGCUGGGGGUUCCCCCUCUCUGAUAGCUAUGGGCCUUGCUACUAGUGCACAAGCUGCUGAAGUGGGAGAUCAGCUGGAGAUUCCAAUUCCCAAUGAGAAGGUUGGUCUAAUCAUAGGACGGGGUGGGGAAACCAUCAAAGGUCUUCAAGCCAAAUCAGGGGCUCGCAUUCAGCUGAUACCUCAACAUCUUCCAGAAGGGGAUGAAUCAAAAGAAAGAACAGUGCGUGUAACUGGAGAUACGAGACAAAUUGAGACGGCCAGAGAAAUGAUAAUGGAUGUCAUGAAUCAGACUAUGAGGCCGGCAACUCUCUCUAGCAGCUUUAACCAGCAGCAGUCCUAUCGACCCCGAGUACCCACUGGCCCAGCUCAUUGGGGUCCACGUGGUCAUCAUUCAAACCAGCAAAUGCCGUAUGAUUAUCAUCGGGGUCCAUAUCCAACUUAUGGUGGUUAUCCUCCACAACAGAUGGCUCCUAGAAGUAACUACAGUUCUGGCUGGGAGCAAAGACCUCCUCCUAACAUGCAAGGCUUUCAUCCGCAUAGUGGUGGCUAUGAUUACUAUAGUGGCCAAGGAGGUCAUGUAUCUGAUCAUCCGGUAUCUGCCCCAAUGUCUACUCCCCUUCCUGGGCAUGUUUCUCGUCAUUCCCCUGCCCCUGUUAUGGGUGGACCUCCAUCCCAGGUGAAUUACAAUUAUGGACAGUCCCAUGGUCCAGAUUAUGGGCAUCAAGCUCCCUAUUCCCAGGCAGCUCCUUCUCAGCAGAGCUAUGGGUAUGGAUAUGAUGAACCGAAGUAUCCUUAUGGGCAUGGAAGUUCUCAGCCAGCUUAUCCGCAGGCCAGCAAUCAACCAGGCUAUGGGGCACAGCAGCAAUAUGGCAAGCAGCCAUCGUAUGGCAUGCCAUCACAGGGUCCACCUCCUCAAUCAUAUGGCCCUCCUAGGCCUGGUCAGCCAGGAGAUGCAUCUUAUCAAGGUCCCAUUCAAUCAAGUCAAUUGUAUGGUCAACCACCACAACAGCAGUAUCCAUAUGCAUCAAGUGGGCCCAUGCAGCAAGCAUAUCCUCCUUAUGGGUCUGGAUCAGCUUCCGAUGGGUAUAAUCAGGCACCACCUGCAUCUGGCCCAGGCUAUCCUCAGCAAGGUGGCCAGCCUGUUCCAACAUAUGGACAGCCAGCUGGACAAGCAGCAGCAGCUGGCUAUGGUCAAGUCCCUGCUGGGGGCUAUGGAGGGUAUCCAUCUUCACAAGGUUUUCCUGAGCAGCAAGCUGCGAACACUGCAGGUUAUGGCUAUCAAGUGUCCCAAGAUCCUGCUUAUGGUAGUGGCCCUGCAUUCAGUGCACCAACCAGCCAGCAGGCUUAUGCUCAACCAACAGCAGCUCAACCAAGUUAUGAUCAAUCAGUCCCACAAUCGGCUGGUUAUGUCGCUGCUCCAGCAACAGCACCGGUUGGUUAUGGGAAAACGGUGUCUCCACAGCCUGGUUUUCCACAAUAUGACUCAACCCAGAUGUAUGCUGCUCCACGCUGAGAGUGAUUAGCCUUCCUUGUAGGCGGAUUUUCAUUCGUGAUAAAUGAACCGGGCAGUUAUGAUUAAUGUUUUAGAUGUCUUAAUAUUCUUUAGAUUACAUCUAGGCGUAGUUCUCUUUCUGAUAGUAGAAGAACUUUUAGUUUUCACCAAUCUUAAUAUGUAACCAGAUAAUGCUACUGUUUAAUCCGGCUCAAGUUUCAUGUUA